CCCUCCUCCUCCCUCCGCUCAUCCAUCCAUCCAUCCAUCCAUCCAUCCCUCCCUUCCGCCCCCCUCUCCUCUUUCGCACACGGACCCCGACUUGCGCAUCGCCUCCUCCGGCACGAUGACCAACGAUUCUCCGGAGGAGGAGAAGCGAGCUCCGGGCGGCAGGGGGCUCGCCCAGCGGCACCGGGCGGACGACAAUGUGACCAUCCUGACGUCGUCCACGGACCUCCACCGCGCCGGCCGCAGUCGGGCCGGCAGCGGCCACGACGCCGCCGCGGGCCUCGCGUCCUCCGUGGACCUGAGCACCUCGUCCAUGGAGCUGAGCAUCCAGACGCGCAUCUUCAAGAUCAUCGUCAUCGGCGACUCCAACGUGGGCAAGACGUGCCUCACCUUCCGCUUCACCGGGGGGAGCUUCCCCGGCCAGACCGAGGCCACCAUCGGCGUGGAUUUCCGGGAGAAGGCGGUGGAGAUCGAGGGGGAGACCAUCAAGGUGCAGGUAUGGGACACGGCGGGCCAGGAGCGCUUUCGCAAGUCCAUGGUUGAGCACUACUACCGCAACGUCCACGCAGUGGUCUUUGUGUACGACGUCACCAAAAUGGUUUCCUUCCGCAACCUACAGACGUGGAUAGAGGAGUGUAACGGCCAUCGUGUCUCAGCAUCAGUGCCUCGAGUCCUGGUUGGAAACAAGUGUGACCUUGUGGACCACAUACAGGUGCCCUCCAAUACGGCACUGAAAUUUGCCGACGCUCACAACAUGCUGCUGUUCGAGACGUCGGCCAAGGACCCCAGGGAGAGUCAGAACGUCGACUCCAUCUUCAUGUCCCUGGCCUGCCGUCUGAAGGCCCAGAAGUCCCUGCUCUACAGGGACGUGGAGAGAGAGGACGGGAGAGUGCGACUCACACAAGAGACUGAGACAAAGAGUAAUUGUCCUUGUUGAGGAAACGGGGGGGUUGGGAGGCAUAAUCGACUGGCAGAGAGAAGAGUAACUGUACACGUCGAGGAGGAAGAGGAGGACGAGGACGAUGGGAAAGUGAGGCUGAAGCAAGAGACUUUUAAAUUAAGUGCGACUUUUUCUAGUUUAGGUUGAGGACGGGCGGGUCGAGACUGACACUAAGAGCAAUGUGUUUUAGAGAAAGAGGCGAGUAGGAGAAAUUGUAUGGAAGGGACUGAACAUCAUCAAUACAUAGUUCUUGAGGAUGAGGACAGGGGAGAAGAGGGUGCUGAGGGUAAAAAGAGGAAGAAGGGAUUCGGAAGUGACGCUUAUCAACAACUCAGAUAUGAGACAAUGUUGCCUUUUAGACUCCGGUAUAGUGUAGAAAAUCUGCCAUAUUUUUUUUUUUUCAGACCGACACAAUCCGAGUAAAUAUAUUCUGUGCAGCCAAACAUAUCACUGUAAACACAUGGGGUAUUUUGGGGGACCCCACAGCAAACCCGAAACCUGGCCUGGCUUGGUGUUUGUCACGGUCAUUAUUAACACCAAACAUUCUGAGUCACCAUAUUUGUACUUGUAUAUCACGGCCUUUUUUUUUCUUCUGUCUGGUUCAUUUUGAUUUUCCUGCACAUCCUGACUGACAGCAGCAUUUCUACACUUGUUUUGUACUGCCUUAAAAAGAUGCCUCGGUCUUGGUUUUACUGAACCGGUCUGGCAAACAUAACGUACAGGUUUUUAGCGUUGUCAAGGUUUUUAACCUCUUGAGAUGAUCUUGGUUCAUACAACCAAGCAAACACACUGACAGCCUCUAAAAGGGACUAUUUGAGUGGAUGGAUGAGACUCUUUUUGCCUCUGCAUUUUAAUGUACCUGGUGUCUGCCCAUCAAAAGUAGGACUGUUGACUUAUAAUCACUGUGAAAAUACAAAGAUAUGGAAAAGGUGAGAAGACACGUUGGACAGUUUCGAUCCAGGUGAGCUCAAAUGACCUACAGUUUGACCUUGAUAACAGGGUUUCCUGAAAGCAGCCCAUCUAGAGGUUGUCAGGCAGCGUGGCACAUAUUGAUUUGGAAGGCUGCAAGAUCCUCUUACUCUUAAGCAGGACAAAUGCACUCUCGCAAAGAAGCGCCGCCACGGGCAAGGCUUCUUCUUUCUUAUCGAAUCGUGAUGUAAACAUAUCCUCUCCAUGUUUUCCCUGUGGCUUAACCAGCUUCCCUUUGUCUGUAAAUGCCGGAAAACGUCCAGUCUUCACCAUGUGUGACUUCAAGAAAGCCAAUUGGCUCUCUCCCAGUCUCCUUAUCGGCAGCAUAUUUCGUUUUCUGUAAUAAACACUUUCAAGGUAAAA